UGGAGGGUGGCCCUUUUACAAGAAUGAGUUUUUCUAUGCGGAGAAAAAACUCUAGAAUAGCUCCACUGAACUGGUGACUUAUCUCAGUGGGGGUAGACGGGGAAAUGACAAGGCCAGUGCCUAAGUUACACACUGUCUAGUAGCCAAGUCUUUUUUUUUUUUUUUUUUUUAAGAUUUGUUUAUUGAUUUGAAAGGCAGAAUGACAGAGAGAGGGAGAGACAGAUUUCCAUCUGCCGUUUCACUCUCCAAAUAGCCACCACAGCCAGAGUUGGACCAGGCCAAAGCCAGGAGCUUGGAACUCCAUCCGAGUCUCCCACAUGAGUGGCAGGGGCCCAAGCACCUGGGCCGUCCUCCGCUGCUUUCCCAGGCCCAUCAGCAGGGAGCUGGAUUGGAAGCGGAACAGCUGGGACUCAAACCAGGGCUCAGAGGGGAUGCUGGCGUUGCAGGCGGCAGCUUAACCCGCCGAGCCACAACCCCGGCCCCUGAUGGUCAGCUUUUUUCAAAACCUGUGCAAUCUUCAAAAGCAAUGAAUGCAAAUACAAUGUGUUUGGAAGGGAGGUUCCUAACCCUAAAGGCCUGGGCAGGAUUCCGAUUCUGACUCCGAGGGAGGAGCGGCUGGCGGAGAAGCAGAGAUGGACUUCCUGCGGAAUCUGUUCUCCCAGACCCUGGGCCUGGGUACCCAGAAGGAGCGGCUGCUGGACGAGCUGACCCUGGAAGGCGUGAGCCGCUUCAUUCAGAGCGACCGCUGUCGCAGGAUCAUCUGCCUGGUGGGCGCUGGCAUCUCCACGUCCGCGGGCAUCCCUGACUUCCGGUCUCCGUCCACCGGCCUCUAUGCCAACCUGGAGAAGUACCGGCUGCCCUACCCAGAGGCCAUCUUUGAGAUCGGCUACUUCAAGAAACAUCCGGAACCCUUCUUCGCUCUUGCCAAGGAACUCUAUCCCGGGCAGUUCAAGCCCACCACCUGCCACUACUUCAUCCGGCUGCUGAAGGACAAGGGGCUGCUGCUGCGCUGCUACACGCAGAACAUAGACACCCUGGAGCGCGUGGCGGGGCUGGAGCCAGAGGACCUGGUGGAGGCCCACGGUACCUUCUACACAUCACACUGUAUCAGCUCCCUGUGCCGGCGUGAGUACUCGCUGGACUGGAUGAAAGAGAAGAUCUUCUCGGAGGUGACUCCCAAGUGUGAGAAGUGCCAGAGCGUGGUGAAGCCUGACAUCGUAUUUUUCGGAGAGAACCUGCCAGCGCGCUUCUUCUCCUGCAUGCAGUCAGACUUCCUGAAGGUGGACCUGCUCAUCGUCAUGGGCACCUCCCUGCAGGUGCAGCCCUUCGCGUCCCUCAUCGGCAAGGCACCCCUGUCCACCCCGCGCCUGCUCAUCAACAAGGAGAAGACCGGCCAGACGGACCCCUUCCUGGGGAUGAUGAUGGGCCUGGGAGGAGGCAUGGACUUUGACUCCAAGAAGGCCUACAGGGACGUGGCCUGGCUGGGGGAUUGUGACCAGGGCUGCCUGGCCCUCGCCGACCUCCUCGGAUGGAAAAAGGAGCUGGAGGACCUUGUCCAGAAGGAGCACGCCCGCAUAGACGCCCAGCUGGGAUCGGGGACCCCCAACCCCACCACUGCAGCCUCCCCCAAGACGGCCCCACUGCCUGCCCAGGAAGAGGCCAGGACCGCAGAGGGAGAGAAACCCCAGUGACGCUGCCCCUCCGGGACAGCUGAGCCCCCACCAGUCCUGGCCCCUCUAACUUGCAGCUCUCAUCCGGGGAGCUCCAAACACCCUCCGAUCUCGUAACAAUCCCCUCCCAAUGCUGGGGACCCAUCCACCCCCACUCAGCCUUGGCAAGCCUCUAACGUCUCCCAAGGAUCUCUAACUGCCCACAGCUCUAACCUGCAGAGCUCAGGAGCCGCCCCCCCUUAUCCUAACUGCUCCUGGAGGGCCGGGCUCCACAGCCUCUAACCUGUCCCAGCUGUUCCUGGGUGCCUGGGGCCAAGAACACUACAGCCAACCUCCCCCGAGCAGGGCAUGGGCCCUCUGAAUGUCUCUCAUGCCCAGUGGGCACGGAAAGGACCACCAGGCUUCUGCCUCCAACUCCCAAAGUGGCUGCGGGGCCCCCGGUCCUUGGGGCCCACCUCCCAUAUGGUCCUUGGGGCCCACCUCCCAUAUGGGGGAUGGGCAGAAGAUGUUGCUUCUUGGAGACAAAUUAAAAGCAAAAACAGAAACAACUAA